CACAUAUGUUGAAACGCACUGCAAAAAUCUAGAGAGAGAGAGAGAGAGAGAGAGAGAGUUACAGAGAGAAACAAUGGACACUCUCUUCACUCUAUCUUCUUCAUCCUCCAAUUUCAUCUUCCCCACUCCAAGAACAAAGCUUUCACUAGCAAAACCACCAACCCAUCCCAAGAAUCCCGUCCGCCUUGCCGUCACCGCUCUUUCCUCCCCGCUCCAAUGCGACCCGUCGCUCCCUCCGCCGGUCCAAACCUUCUGGCAGUGGCUCCGGGACGAAGGCGUCGUCUCAGCCAAGUCCCCUGCCGCAAAGCCCGCCCUGGUCCCCGAAGGCAUGGGGCUCGUCGCCCACCGAGACAUUUCCAAAAACGAGGUCGUUUUGGAGGUACCCAAGAGGCUCUGGAUAAACCCAGAUACCGUCUCGGCCUCCGAGAUCGGAGGUGUCUGCAGCGGGUUGAAGCCGUGGGUGUCGGUUGCUCUGUUUCUGAUCAGAGAGAAAAGCAGAGCCGAUUCCAAGUGGCGGACUUACCUUGAUAUCCUUCCAGAGUCGACCAAUUCGACUGUGUUCUGGUCAGAAGAGGAGCUUGAUCAGCUUCAAGGAACCCAACUUUUGAGCACAACAAUGAGUGUAAAAGAGUACGUGCGGACUGAGUUUCAAAAACUUGAACAAGAAACCAUCCUCCCUAACAAACAGCUUUUUCCUUCUCCCAUCACACUCGACGACUUCUUCUGGGCCUUCGGCAUACUCAGAUCGAGGGCAUUCUCCCGCCUUCGUGGUCAGAAUCUUGUUUUGAUCCCUCUUGCAGACUUCAUUAACCACAGUUCAAGCAUAACCACAGAAGAACAUGCAUAUGAGGUCAAAGGAGCAGCAGGUCUUUUCUCUUGGGAUUAUCUGUUUUCGCUACGGAGCCCCGCUACCGUCAAGGCUGGUGAGCAGGUUUUCAUCCAAUAUGAUAUAAACAAGAGCAAUGCUGAGUUUGCUUUGGAUUACGGAUUCCUGGAUUCCAACGCUAAUCGUAAUGGAUUUACCUUAACGCUGGAAAUAUCCGAAUCAGACCCAUUUUACGAGGACAAGCUGGACAUUGCUGAGACAAAUGGUUUGGGUGCAACUGCGUACUUCGACAUAUUUUUGGAGAGUUCGCUUCCACCUGCAUUGAUUCCUUAUCUGCGGCUGGUAGCUCUUGGAGGGACCGACGCUUUCCUCUUGGAAUCUAUAUUCAGGAACGAUAUCUGGGGCCACCUUCAACUGCCGGUGAGCCCUGCCAACGAAGAGCUCAUAUGCAGAGUAGUCCAAGACGCCUGCAAAUCCGCUCUUUCCGGCUAUCCCACCACUAUCGAAGAGGAUGAGAAGCUGAAAGAAUCAAAACUGGAUCCAAGGCUUGAGAUUGCUGUUGGAAUAAGGCAAGGGGAGAAGAAGGUGCUGCAGCAUAUUGACGGGAUUUUCAGGGCCAGAGAAUCAGAGCUACCUCAACUGGAAUACUACCAGGAAAGGCGUCUCAAGGAUCUCGGCCUCUGCGGGGAGCUCGAAGACAUUGUCUUCUGGGAACCCAAGUAGGGAAAAUUCAUGUCACUAAGAGAACAGUCAUAAACUAGUUUCAUCUAUUGACAAACGCUUUCGUCUAUAUUCGUGUUAUUUGUAAUUUAUAUAGAACUGAACACUCGAUUCGUGUCAA